GGAAUUCUUACGUUGGCAGCGUAGCUGUCAGUUUCUAAGUCGAGUUGUGUGUUUAGCGAGCCGGCUAGCUAGUUAGCUCCAAUAACAACAGGAGAUAUGGCUGGACUUCAACCCCAGGGGGAUCUCCUGAAAAUGACUCACAGGGAGAACUGGAAAGUACAGCAUGAGCGCCUGCACGUGAAGCACCGGGGCCAUGAGGCCAUGCAUGCAGAGAUGGUGCUCAUCCUCAUCGCUACGCUAGUGGUGGCUCAGAUCGUACUGGUACAGUGGAAGCAGCGGCACAACCGCUCAUACAAUUUGGUCACCCUGCUCCAGAUGUGGGUGGUUCCUCUCUAUUUCACUAUAAAACUCUACUGGUGGAGGUUUCUCUCCAUGUGGGGAAUGUUCUCUGUCAUCACCAGCUAUGUCGUCUUCAGAGCGACACGCAAACCACUGUCCUGUCGGACACCACGGAUGGUGUAUAAAUGGUUUCUAUUGGUCUAUAAGCUGAGCUAUGCUGUGGGAGUGAUUGGAUACCUGGUCAUCAUGGUCACACUGUUCGGCUUCAAUGUCUUCUUCAGGAUCAAGGCUGAGG